UUCUGAUCAAUAUCUUCUUUCUUCUCCUGCUCCUUUAGCCUUGGCCAACAGCCUCGCCCUGCUCCGGCUGCUCGUCCGAUGAUGUCCGAUCAGUCCGACACCCAGUCGACCUAGUCUCGCCGACGAAACCAACUCCCUCGAUGGUGAUCUGGAGUACUAAUUAUCGGUAGCCGGUCAAACUGGGUCGAACCGUGUACCGCCAUAGAUCUUAUAUGGACUGACAAUUGCUGACAACACAUAUAAAAUCGUGUCUAUACUUCUCUUUCUGUUUCUGGAUCCGGAAGUGCAGCAGGGCUAUUCUGUAACUCCAUAGAUUUGUUCUAUCAGCGAGUUGGCAAUAUUGUACAUGACAUAUGUUGAACGGAAUAUUGUAGAGCACGAAGCUUUCCUUGCCAUCAAGUCAAAUUUAUGCCAAAUGAUUCAAAUGACCAGGCUGGAAAUCAAUGUCAAGCGACUUCUAACACGCUGCGAAUUAAUAGCAAAGGAUGAUCCACACCAAGACUGGAAGCUCGAAAAAUAUAUACUUUCUCUAGAUGACAUGAUGAACAAACUGCAGACUUCACCAAAUAAACCAUCCAAGGAUACCAUGAUGGGCUACAUUAAGCGGAUAAAUUUUCUAAAAGGAGUCAUAAAUGCAAUGAAGUUGUCAAAUCCAGUGGAGAGAGUGGUUGCCGCACAAUUGUUAUCGAAAAAUUCAAUGUCCACUAACAAUUCCGCCAGUACAAACAUUACAACGCAAAUACAUCAGAAGACUGUCGCUAAAUACAAUCGGGAAUUACGGGCGGAAUUAUUUCAUAACAACAGAGAAAUAAAUAAGGAUGGUAUACGACAGAGAUUAUCAAGCUCUAAUAUCAAGGAUGAAGAUCUGGACGCUAUUUUGAAGUAUAAUCGUAAUAUUCAGGAGAAGAUCGCUGAGAAUAUGCUCUCUAUGACCAGCACUAUGAAGGAACAUGCAUUAGCGGCUAGUGCUAUCAUAAAAAAAGAUAUCGGCAUGCUGGAAAUGUCUGACAAAUUGACUGAUGUAAAUGCUAUUAAUUUAAAAAAGGAAUCCCUGAAGUUAGAAGAGCAUACGAACUCAAAAUGGAGAUGCUGGGUAUGGCUUAUGAUAGCUUUCGUUCUGAUUGUAUUUUUUAACAUGGUGUUAUUUAUGAAAGUGACAAGGAAAAAGAUUUAGGUAAUUUUCUUUAUUGAGGUGUUAUCAAUCGCGAUUGAAAUGCAUGGCUAUGUGUUACAAUGCAUCUGACUAUGUAAGUCAUUGGACUGAUAUUAUGAUGAUAGAAUUGUAUAGCCGUAAGUGCUUGUGCCACCUAAAACCACUUGAAAAUCUGGUAAAUAUAUUACAAACUAGCGACAAUCAUACAUCAAUCAUUUAUAACUCCAUUCAACAUCGUUAUAUGUAAUUUAGCUUAUGCACAAUUUGAUAAUAAUGUCCAAAUAUUUCUUGAAACAUCCCUUGUUUCUAAUGAUUGUAAAUGAUGGAAUUUGAUCCUCUGUGUGUGUGUGUGUGUGUGUGUGUGUGUGUGUGUGUGUGUGUGUGUGUGUGUGUGUACACAUGAAUCUUUAUGUAUUGUCCAUGUAUUACAUAGAUCGUUUUUUUAUGCAUAAUAAUCUGUUAUUUUUGUUAUAAACUCAAUAAAAUUCUACUAUGUAUAUAUUUAAAGUAUGUGUACAUAUCUAUUGAAUAUCCACAAGAUAGAAGACUGUCCCUCCAUAUGGAUAGUCGGCACAUUUUUAUCCUGUGGCUGUAGCACGUUCACUUUCGACGAUACGAUUUUAUCGACAAUGUUAGAAAACGGAUAGGCGAUAGUGUUUUCAACGAUAACAGGAAAAAGGCCGGCAUAAUUUUUCAGAUUUCUCUCUGGUCCAACGAUGAUGACGUUUUUUUAAACGAUCGCUUUACGAAUAUUCAAUGAUCGCUCUAUGAAUA